GGCAGAACAGCAGCUGAGAGUCCAGCAGAGCAGGGAAGGCUGGGCUUACCAGUCUGAACUGUCUUCUCGUGCCUUUGAAUGUGAGGGGGAAAGUGAGGAGAGGGGUGGACUCAAGAGGAGGUAGAUGCCAUUUGUGAAGAUGGAAGUUAGAGCUGCCAUCCCUUAACCUUUGGGAUUUUUUUGGAAGAGGUGAAGAAUUUACCAGAGAAGGAAAGGAACCAGAAAGGAGCUGAAGUCAUGGGAGCUGAAGAAGAAGUGCUUGUCACUCUGUCUGGAGGGGCCCCCUGGGGCUUCCGCCUACAGGGUGGCUCCGAGCAGAAAAGACCCCUUCAGGUGUCAAAGAUCCGAAAGAGGAGCAAAGCGUGUCGGGGGGGCCUGUGGGAGAAUGAUGAACUGGUGUCCAUCAAUGGGAAGCCCUGCACUGGCCUCUCCCAUGCCAGCGCCAUGCAGAUCAUUGACUCCUCCAAUGGCACCUUGCAUAUCUGCGUGAAAAGGGCAACUGGUGGAGACCAGACUGCUACACGACUCCUGCGCUCCCCUUCCCCUGGAAAGCCACGGGUGCUCUCCCCUACCUCCCCAGUCAGCCCCACGCCCCAGCUGCUCAGCCCAGAGCCAGCAGGUGCCCCAACCACCACACCACCUGAGCAGCAGCGGAUGAGGCUACAGCAGCUGGAGAGCAUGACUUCGCCCCCAGACAGCGAGGCAUACUAUGGCGAGACAGAUAGUGAUGCUGACAACAUUGCUCAGGAGAAACAACGGCGGGCCCGAAAAAAGAGCCCUCGCUCCCCACCAGGGGGCUCCAACAACAAGGUGGAUGCACCACAGGAUGAGGUUUCCCUCUCUGAGCAGAGCGGUUAUGACAGCACCCCUGAGGCUGCGGUGCAGGCGGGUGAAGGAACUGAGAAUGUGAGUGGGGUGGCCAAGAGAGAGAUUGUGUACCAGCCUGGCAGCCGCACGGAGACCCCCUUCUCGGAGAGCGAGGUGCUGCUGCAGCUGCCUAUACCAGAGGGAAGGGAAGCAUGCUCCGAGGCCAUGCUCCUGCCCCAUGCCACCAAGACCAUCCGAGCUGAGCGCCAUCUCAUCCCCAUGGUGGGGCCAGUGGAACACCCAGUAGAUGAAGAUCUAACCACCACCUAUGUUGAGAAAGCCAAACAAGCCAAGCUCCACCGCCAUGAGAGCAUGCAAGAGAAGACCGUGAAAGAAGCCAAAACUAAAUGCAGAACCAUUGCGUCCCUGCUGACGGAUGCACCCAACCCCCACUCCAAGGGAGUGUUGAUGUUCAAGAAGCGCAGGCAGAGGGCUAAGAAAUACACCCUGGUCAGCUUCGGGAGCGUGGACGAAGACCGGUGCUAUGAGGAGGAGGAUGGUGUCUUCCCAACCAGUGAGUCGGAGUUUGAUGAGGAAGGCUUCUCAGAUGCCCGAAGCCAAACCAAUCACUCAGACUGGGAUAACACCUACCUGGACAUUGAAAAACCCAAAUCAGAGUCUGAGCAGCAGGAGCAGGCACAGAAAGGCCUGAGCGAAGCCUCAGGCAAAGGGGCCCGGUUAUUUGAGCAGCAGAGACAGAGGGCUGGUAAGUACACUGUAGAGCAUGUCCCAGUCCAGAAGCCAGAGAGCCACCAGCCCCCGCCAGCUGCCCAGUCACAGCAGAGGAUAGUGAAUGGAGAUGCACUGCCCCCACAGAUGGCUGAGAAGGUCCCAUUGAGCAUCCACAUGGAAGCAAUGCAGGUGUCCAGCAAGCAGCCACUCUCUACCCCGGCUCAGUUCCAGCCUCCUUCUCCAGCCGCCAUUGGAGGAGAAGGUGCCCAGCCCUCUCCAAGCUCAGCAGGCAUCUUCAAUAGAUCUGCACGGCCCUUCACCCCUGGCUUUUUAGGGCAGUGCCCUAUGACUUCCUCUGUCAUCUUCAGGCCUUCUGCCCCCAGGAAAAGCAGUGACAGUCUGGGUGGACAGAGCUUAGCAGCUCCACCUUUCUCACCUGCAUCACCAGGAGCUGCCCUCCCUGCUCCAAUGUCCCACAGUGCUCCAGUGAGCUCCUUGACAUCUCUGUAUAUUCCAGCACCAAGUAGGCCCACCACGCUGCUGGGACCACAGCAAGCAGGAGGAAGUGUUCCUGAGCCUAAGACACCUACAAAUGCAGCCAGGACCUCCAGUGCUUCCAUAUUUCUCUCAACUCCCUCCAAGCCAGCAGGGGAUACAACAGCUACAACACCCCAGCAACAAGCACAUGACACAGCUUCUUCCUCCUUAUAUAUCAGCCCUACAGCACUGCAGCCCAGCAUGCCAAGUAGCUCUUCCCUACCAAGGCAGCCAUACCCUGCUGCCUCACCAGCUAUUCCACGGCCUGCUUCAGAGCCCCUAACUUUCAGGGAGCAGAGGGUCGCCACACCAGCUCCCCGCACAGGCAUCCUGCAGGAGGCUCGCCGACGGGGCAACAAGAAGCCCAUGUUCAGCAGUGUAGAGGAGAAGAAGAAGAAUUCGCCCAACCCUGAGCUUCUGUCUCUGGUGCAGAACCUGGAUGAGAAACCCAAAGGUGAUGCCCCUGGGGCUGGCUUCGAGUCAGGGCCUGAGGAGGACUUUCUCAGUCUGGGCGCUGAGGCCUGCAACUUCAUGCAAUCCACAGGGCGCAAGUUUAAGACCCCUCCUCCAGUGGCUCCAAAACCUCACCAGCAAGGUGCCAGGCUGGUAAAUGGGGCCCACGACAUGCUGCAACUGAAGGGCAAGGGUGCAGAGCUUUUUGCCAAGCGACAGAGCCGCAUGGACAAGUUUGUGGUGGAGACAGCAAAGCCAGAGUCCAAGCCCCGGACCCCCUCACCUACCCCUUCUCUACCCUCAUCCUGGAAGUAUUCACCCAACAUCCGUGCCCCGCCCCCAAUAGCUUACAACCCAAUGCAUUCACCCUUCUAUCCCCUGGCAGCCAGCAAGUCUCAGGCUAGCAAAGCAGAGAGCAAAGUGAAAAAAGCACCCAGCCAGAAAUCAGGGAUCAAAGCCAUUGAUUUCAUGUGUCACCAGCCCUACCAGUUAAAGUCAGCCAUGUUCUGUUUCGGGGAGCCCACAAGCCCUGGUACACAGAAUACCCCAAGCCAGCCAGCCCAGCAGUCCAGCUUGUCUUUCACCCCAGCCCAACAGGCACCAGUGCAAACAGGCAGAACCUAUGAGAUCCGGCGGUUCUCCACACCCGCUCCCAUACCAACUUCAGGCAGCCUGGCUCCCACAGUGCUCGCUCCCCGGUCUGCCACCACGUUGGAUGAGCCAGUGUGGAGGACAGAAACAACUUCCUCUGCACCCUCCACCCCAGCACCCUUCCAGGCCACCUUCAGCCAGUCCUCGAAGCCAUACCAAAGUUUCCCGGAUCUCAGCCAGGUGUGCCAAGGGGCUUUCCCCAAGCUAGCCUCAUCCUCUGGGUUCCAGGUAGCGAGGCCCAAAUUCUCAGCAGCCAGAACAGGGAUGCAGCCAAAUGUGUGGAAGCCACGCUCAGAGCACCACUGAGACAAGGGCUCCAUCCCGCCAGUGGACCCUGUCAGGUGCCUGGCAGAGAGAAUUAUCUUGUUUUUUCUUUAAAGUGACCUCAGUAAAUUGGGGCAUGUGAAGCAAAAUGAAGAAAAGAAAAAAAAAAACCCCUUCCCCUCCCCCACCUCCCCAUGUUUUCAGGCUGGCAGCUUCACUUUCAGAACCGCAGCUUCACAGUGAGAGGUAAUAGAUGUGGCUACAGAGAAGGUAGAGAGAGGGACAGAAGCUGGCUGCGGAUUCACACACAGCAAAGAAAAGAAUGGGAGGGGUUAGCUAUCACAGCAAUGCAUAGGCCACGCUUCUCUAUUUCUGACAGCUUGAGAAGCAAGUUUAUGUUAAUCCUUUCAGCACCCUGUGAGGAAGGAAUCACCCCUUCAUACAGAGAGGGCAUCCUUAGCGUAAGAACCAAGCCCCAGACCACACAGGAAAAAAGUGAUAGAGACAGUCUGGACUCACUGCUCUAACCAUUAGAUCAUGCUUUUCCUUGUGCCUGCCAGUGUGUACAUGUAUGCAUACACAUGGGGGGUUUUAAAAAAUGGGUACAGUGAGAAAUGAAGGUCUUCCUGAGAGAGGUGUUUCCCCAGAUCCCUCUGCUCAGGCACGUUAGGAAGGAUAACACAUACACAAGGACAAGUGAGCAGUUGUGGGAAGGGGACAUGGCCAUUUGCUCACACACACAUGGCCCAUGGCUUUUGUCAGGUUUAUGUCCUGUCAGUACCAGGUCUGCAUUUGUAGAGUGACUAUAUGGGACAAUGUGAAAUCUGGGAUGCUGCUUGCUUACCUGCCUGCCCCCGCCCCUGCCCCUGUCUUGCCGGCUGCAGGGAGUCGAUGGUCGUUAGUGACCCAGUGUUGUUUACUUCAGUGUUUCUCAACCCAUGGUACGCGUACCCCUAGGGGUACGCGAGACACAGGCAAGGGGUACACGGGUGCUGCAUUUUGGUCUUUGCCUGCUCGGACCAGAAGUUCCACCUGCUGCCCUUCCCGCCGUGUCCAGUGUGCCAGGGCUUUCACUUCCCAGCAUCAGUGUGCCAGGGGAUAGGGAGGUAGGCCCCACACAGGAAUGCUUUGCUUCAGGUCGCAGUGGAAAAAGUGGGACUCGGCUUGCGGCACCGAAACUGGAAUUGCCACAGUGGGACUUCCGGUUUCGCUUUUGCUGCGUUGAUCGGCAGGGGGGAUGUAAGGUACCAAAGCUGAGAACCACUGCUUUACUUCACAGGUGUUAACAAUCACCUGUGAAGUAACAGUUAGUGGUAAUAGGGAUUCCUACUUCACAGUUUACCUGCCAAUCUGCCUCCAUGCCCGUGCCCCAGAUGCUCGUUUUAAUUUUCACCAGCUGGCUGGGACCAGCUUCCAAAAUCUGGGACUAUUUUGGCCAAUCUGGGACACAUGCUUACCCCAUGCAUUUGGGAAACAACAUUUUUUUCAGCUUCCAUGGAGCCUUCCCCAAUGAUCCCAAGUGGCUCUGAGGACCAGCCAUUCACUGCGGGGGCAGCAUGGGGCUGAAAGGACUUGGUGGGACUGUGACAAGUCAGGAGUAACUGAAGAAGGAAGGAGGGGUUGCCCGAAGGUGAAGGUAAUCCCAGAUGCUGACUGGUCAGUUUAGGACAGCACUUGCAGCAUUAGCUGCACUGAAACAGGAUGCAAAUACUGUAAGUGCAAGAGAGAGGUGGAUAGGGAGUGCAGGGCUAGUUCAUGAAGGAGCGAGGGCUCAACUGGAUUCCCACACAAGCAUUUUGGUUCAUUCACAAACAGGAGGUGCAGCAGGAGCACAGUCAGAGGUGGUUAGCAACACCAAGCUCCCCUGAGAACUGCGUGCCCUCCUGGGUAGGUGGGCAAGGUUCUUUGGGUAGAUGUGAUAUCUUUUAUUAGACCAACUGAGUAGUUGGAAAAAAGUUCUUGGGAAGCUUUUGGGCACAGUCACCCUUCUUCAGGCAU